GCUUUUAUUAUAACCCUCACAGUGAUUUCAACUUUUCGGAACACGUACCAUGGAGCUCAUGGUCGUAAUACUGAGUGUUCUCAUCCUAAAUGUUGCCUUCACCGGCUGUCAGGGGAAAACAAUCCUCACAAACGACAAUGUGGUUGACAAAGGUAAGCAUUACAUUUCAGACAAUGAAAACGCCGUAGUGGAGUUACUGCAGCUGCUGACCAGCAUUGAAGAUGUACAGACACCAGACAUCGGUAUCCAUGACGACCUAGAGGCCGUCUCUAUAGACGUCACUGAUGUACAGACAUCAGACGCUAGUAUCUAUGACGACCACGAGGCAGUCUCUGAGGAGGUUACAGACGCCAUUCUGAAGGAAAUUAUGGCGGUGAUCACUGGAGAUGAGGAAUUGGAUCUCAUCAAAGGUUGCACCCAUGGCAGGUGUAAGUUCUGCACUCGGACCAAGUGGUUCAAAGUCUGCGUCGAAGCGUCCAUUCUUAGACUGGGCUUUGAAGUGGCAGUCACACUGAAUGGCCGAACGAUCUACCGCAAAAAGAUCAGCAUUCGCAACCCACCGCCUAUCUGCUUCAACCGCAUCCCUGGCCUGAGUAGCCUUGCUGACGUGUGCCUGGUGGUGUACGAUGUCGACCUGGGCAGCAAGAGUGCGUGCGUCAAGAUCACCUUUAAGGUUAAGAUUGGUCCCUUCAAAAAGGGAUUCAGUAUAAAGAUUGGCUGCUUCAGGAUUCCGCUUGCAAGCUCCCCAGAGAUGAAUCAGAGCUCUGGUAACACGAGUGAAGCGCUCACUUACAACGGCUCUCGUUUGAGGAAUCCAUACGUAUAGAUUUCAAUAUUUACACUUGCACACAGUCAUAGUCUAUAUGCUUGCAUUAAUAAUUACACCUAUUCUUUGUUUGUAGUUUACCUCUUUGAGAGUGUGUUUUGUUAAAGGCCGCUUUUAUCAUGCAUAUUUAUAUUUCAAAUAAAAUUCUAUCCUACGAAGAAA